CAGCUGACCUAAGGUGGACAGCGCGGGCGCGCUGACCAGUAGAGCACGCCGGUCUGGAGGACUCUGGCCGGUACGUCUGCACGGCUAUCAACAAGUACGGCACCGCGACCCUCAGUGUCAACGUCAUCGUGCUGGGAAUCGAGCCACCGCUGCUUGAUGGACGUCUCGCCGCUGGUGCGGGCGGCGCGCGGGGCCCCGCUCGCGCUGCCCUGUCCCGUGAUCUCGGCCAACCCGGCGCCGACGUUCGCGUGGGAGCACGACGGCCUUCCGGUGGUGAGCGGCCGGGGCCGCCGGCUGCUGGCCAACGGCACCCUGCUGCUGGCGGCCGUCCGGCGCCGCGACGGCGGCCUCUACCGCUGCACCGCCCGCAACGCGGCCGGCAGCAAAAGCCUCACGACGCAGGUUGAUGUGCAGUUUUCUCCGGACAUCGCAUCUCCGGACGAGCCGGCACUGGAAGUGACCGAGAACGCCACCGUCUUCCUGGCGUGUGACGUCAGCGCCGAGCCCGUGCCCCGCGUCCUCUGGGUUAAGCACGGCCAGUUGAUUGUGCCUCUGGACAGCAGACUGUGGGUGCACGCCAACAACACGCUGCAGAUCAGCUCCGUGACCGAGGACGACACGGGCGUAUACACGUGCCACGUGAACAACACGCGCGGCACGGCCAGCGCUCGCCGCGCGCUCGUGGUGCACGCGCCGCCGCGCAUCGUCAGCAUUGAGGCGGACGUGGGGCCUGCGGUGGAGUACGAGCUGGAGCGGCCGCCGCCGCGGCUUGAGCGGCGCGAGCUGGACCGGAAUGGGGGCAGCGUCGCUACAGAUGAAGCCAACCCCGCCCUAACGGUCAAUGAGGGGGACCAAGUCACCAUUCUCUGUGACCUGCGACCCGAUGACAUAGCCCGUGUGACCUGGGAGAGGUCCGGCGCACAAGUCAGCGCCACCCAGUUGGAUGAUGGCGGCAUCAGGUUUACGGCCUCUGAGGCCGAUGAGGGAACCUACGAAUGUAAAGCCAGCAAUACGUACGGCAAGACGACAGCGCCCCUCAGUCUCAAAGUCAGACAUCGCCCGAAGUCUUCGGCACAAAUGUUCAACGCGAGCGCUGUGGUCGGAGAUGACAUGACCCUGACCUGCGUGGUGCGGGGCCGACCGAAGCCGCGCGUCACGUGGUUCCGACACGGCCGCCAGAUUGACGAUGACACGGAGAAGUACAGUCGAACCAGUGGUCAUUCGCUGACCGUGCUGGACGUACAGCCGACCGACGCCGGCCUCUACAGCUGCGUGGCCAACAACUCCAUCGGUAGUCUCACCAAGCUGACCAACGUCACCGUGCUCGUUCCUCCGAGGAUCAGCUCUGACUUGCCGCGGAAGGUGGCGGUGCGAGACGGCCAGCCGCUCCGCCUGGGUACGACCGUCGCCGGCACCCCGCCUCCGGAGACGCGCUGGCUCAAGGACGGGCAGCCGCUGCCGCCCAGCUCAGGGGCGGUUCCGGAGCAGCCCGGACAGCUAUUCAUUCCGAGCGCCACACCCGAGGAUUCUGGAAAGUACUCCCUGGUAGCCUCAAGUGUGGCCGGAGAGACCCGUCACUCAUUCCAGGUCAAGGUCGUGUCCCUCGUCGUCAGCGACGAAGGCUGGCAGGACCAGGUGGAUGUCAUUGACGGCAAGGAGUUCGGCAUGAAGUGCCCAGUCACCGGAGACGUCACAGGCAUCAAGUGGUACAAGGACGGAAAGAGCAUCGCCGAGGUGUUCACCUUCACCCGAUCUGAUCAGACGCACGUGGUAUUCGGCGACGGCGGCCGCAGUCUGCGCAUACCGGAGGUGGUCGCGGAGGACUCGGGUCAGUACACAUGCGAGGCCGAGACGGAGGCGGGCAGCGUGAAGUUCAGCACCAAGUUGAAUGUGCUGGUGCCGCCGCGGUUCGGCGAUCCGUUCCACGAGCCACGCGAAAGCGUGCUGACCGAGCAUGAGCAGCUGCAGCUCGACUGUCAGGUGGACGGCUACCCCGUGCCGCAGGUCCGCUGGUUUAAGGACGGCCUGCCCAUCCCGGAGGACAGCGUGAGGCAGGUGAUGGUGUCGGCAGAUGGGGAGAAGCUCACACUGCGCGGACAGCUCGGCGUUGCAGGCGACUACAGCUGUGAGGUGGUGAACAGCGCAGGCACCGCGCGUCGUCAGUUCCCGGUGCGCGUGAAGGUGGCGCCGCGGCCGGCCGGGCCCGACCCGCAGCGGGUUACCGUCUUCCGCGGCGACACGGUCACUCUCAACUGCUCGGUGGUGGGCGCGCCGCCGCCCCGAAACGUCUGGAACAAGGACGGCCGCCAGGUGGUCGGUGUAUCCUGGGCGGAUCCGGAGUUCGCGUACUACCCUCUGCUCGGCGAGCUGUCGGACCGCCUGCUGGUCAGCUCGGCCCGCCUCUCCGACGCAGGCCAGUUCGAGUGUAUCGGCAAGAACCGGCUGGGGGAGGCCAGGCGACGCAUCCAACUCAUUGUGAACGGUGUUCCCGUGAUAGAUGGUGCUGGGGAGGAGGUGCGCCGACUGCCGGUGAUACCGGGGGAUUCGAUCACCCUCUCCUGUCCCGUGCAGUCGUACCCGCUGGCCACAGUCACCUGGACCAAGGAUGGCGAAGUCGUCAAGGUCAUCACCCCACCGGAGCUGGACGACGGCGUUUCUGGCAGCGGCUCAGACGAGCUGCCGUUCGACGUGCCUGCAGCCACGCGGCGGCGGCGGCGGCGGCGGGACAUCGAGGUGCCCGACCUGUCCACCUUGCUCGGGGCCGAGGAGGUGGCGGCCGGCGGCAGGACGGCGGGUGAUCCGGCGCCACCGACCGACCGCUUCAGCCCCGGCGACACGAGUUUGACGCUGAGUUCGGUCCGGCCCGAUGACGACGGCCUGUACACCUGCACGGCCUCCAACGAGCAUGGCCGCGCCGCCAUCCAGGCCAGCGUCCAGGUGCUCGAGGCGCCGACCAUCCUGGAGAGUCCCUCGGAGCGGCGCGUGGUUCUGCACGACUCCGCCACACUGACGUGUGAGGCAAUCGGCACCCCUCCGCCGGUCGUCUCCUGGUUCAAGGACGGCGAACCUAUCUCUGAGCUUUCGAUCCCGCAUCUGUACGAGUCCGCCGAUGGUUUGGAGGUGCUGGUCCAGCUGGCCUCCCCCGAGAUGGCUGGCACCUACACCUGCGAGGCGCUCAACGCCGCCGGAAAGGCGUCGCGGGACACUCUGCUCACCGUCGUAGAGCCGCCCGAGAUCGUGGUACCGGACUCCACGGACCUGUCGGUGGUCGAGUCGGACGGCCAGACUCUCACCUGCCAGCUGGCCACCGCUCGGCCGGCCGGUGUCAGCUGGAUGCACAACGGCCGCCCGCUGGGCCAGCUGCCGCACCGGCUCCGUGACCAGAACCGCACACUGCUGAUUCCCUCCAUGAAGCGGGAGGACGCCGGCCAGUUCACCUGUCUGGCGUCGAACGAAGCCGGGCAGGACGAGCUGACCUACUCGGUGGAGGUGCUCGUGCCACCGUACUUUGAUGACGAUGUGGCUGAGUACGAGGAGAAGGUGCAUCGGUCCAUAGUGCUGCGGUGCCCUGUCGUGGCCAUUCCCCAUCCCGACAUCACGUGGUAUAAGGGGGAGGAGCCGGUGCCGGCGACGUCUGACUGGACCGUGUCGGCGCACGGUCACCUCCUGCGGAUCGCCAGCUUGCGGCCAGAGCACGCCGGCGACUACACCUGCCAUGCCCGCAACGUGCUGGCCGAGGCGAGCUGGACCGUCUCCCUGGCCGUGCUCGAGCCGCCGUCCAUCUCUCCGCCGCUGCCGUCGCUGCUGCUGACCCCCGGCGAGCCUCUGGAGGUGCCGUGCGUCGCCACUGGCCAGCCGCCGCCCCGCAUCAGCUGGUACAGUGAUAGGCCCGAGCUGUCGUCGGACGGCUCCCUGCUGGAUGAGGGGGGCACCCUGCGCGCCGCCGCCGCCCGGACCGAGCACAGUGGCCUCUACACGUGCUUGGCCUGGAAUGGCGUCGGCCUGGACCGCGCCCAGGUGUUCGUCGCUGUCAUCGCGCCCCCCACACUGGACCCAGCCGACCGGGAGCGGACCGUGCUGGAGCACGAGGCCACAGCGAUCCGGUGUCCGUUGGACCGUCUGGACCUGGACUCAGAUGUCGUCUGGUUCCGGGACGGGAUCGAACUGUGGGGCAACACGUCAUCGCUGAUCAUCUCCGCCGACGAUCGGACCCUCUUGCUGCCGGCCGUCCAGCUCGCUGACGCCGCCGCGUACAUGUGUCGGGCCGAAAAUGAGAUCGGCCGCGCUCGCCACGAGGUCCUCCUGCGCGUGCUGGUGCCGCCCCGGCUCAAGGAUUACCCGGAGCGGCUGGAGGCGCUGCAGGGCGAGGACGUCGUCAUUGGGUGUGACCUGGAGGCCAGCGAGCCGGCAGCGGAGCGCAUCUGGCGCCGCGACGGCCGUCCCAUCGACACGAACGACAGGGUGCAGCUGCUGCCGAGCGGGGCCCUCCAGCUGCGAAACGUGACGUCCGAGGACGCCGCCAGCUACACGUGUCGCGCACACAACGAGGCCGGAGAGGCGGUGCGGCGAGCGGCGCUGGAUGUGCUCACGCCGCCCUCAGCCGCCGUCGAGGCGGAUACGGUGACGGUGCUGGAGGGUGACCCUCUGCGGUUGAUGUGCGACGCCUCCGGUAACCCGGAGCCGGAGGUCAGCUGGUGGCGGACGGCGCCGGGACAGGAGUCUACCGCGACCCUCUCCGAUCUGUGGACCUUCGCUCCCUACAUGGCCUCAGACAACCACAUCUACAAACAAAGCUCGGAGCUCGGUGACGCCGGCCUAUUCCACUGCAAGGCCGUCAGCGAGGUGGGCCGCGCCUCCGUCGACGUGCGCGUCACGGUCGUUAGUCCGCCGGCCUUCGUCGACGCGUCGGUGCCGACGGAACUCGUGGUGCGCGCCGGCGAGUCGACUCUGCUCGACUGCCGUAACACGGGCCAGCCACCGGCAAAGGUGAUAUGGUUGAGGGAUGGUAUGGAGUUGCCUGCGGUUGCGGGCGAUCAAGAGCAUACGCUGUCGCUGCCUUCGCUGGCUCCCACGGACGCCGGGGACUACACCUGCAUUGCCGUAAAUGAAGCCGGCAAACUGAAGCGGGAAUUCUCGGUCAAAGUUUUGAGUGUUCCCAGCGUCCGACGCAGCGAGAACACUACGUUAGAAGCUGUGCGUGGAUCGACACUAGAAAUGUCCUGCUUUGUUGAAAGCAUGGAGGAGUUUAACAUCACCUGGUACAAGGACGGGUCUGCGUUCAUCCCGUCCCUCUCCGACCUGUAUCACCUCACGGACGGGGGUCAGACUCUGCACGUGCUGCGUGCGGACGAGGACCACGACGGCAACUACACCUGCCGCGCCGCUAACGAGGCCGGCACCGACUCCCAGACAUUCACCGUCAAUGUUCUGACCCCGGCGCGAGCGGACCCGAGCGCAGAGGCGGAGGCCGACCCGGACGGCACGUUCCUAGUGGAGGUCCCGAACGACUCGGAACUACAGCUCGAGUGUCACGCGUCCGGCAACCCGGAGCCGGCCCUGUUCUGGACCCGCGACGGAGAGGCAGUGAAGAAGGUGGCGCACGCCGCCAGCGACUCCACCCUCCAGCUGGGCUUCGUCCAGCCGACCGACAGCGGCCAGUACCGCUGCGACGUCAGCAACGGCGUCGGCAACGACAGCAUCGUCUACACGGUGCUCGUGUACUCGCUGCCGAAGCUGAGGCGGGAGCUCGAGUAUUCUGUCAAGGCCCGUCUAAAGGCCAACGCCACCAUGGUCUGCGAUGUUGAUGGCCACCCCGCCCCCCUGGUCACCUGGUACAAGGACGGGGAAAAGCUGGAGCCGGAAGUGGCCAAGAUGACGAUGGACGGAAACACGCUGACGGUGCGCGACGUGGAGCUAUCGGACGCAGGCAAUUACUCGUGUUUCGCAGUCAACUCGGCUGGUCUGCUCGUGGUGCCCUUCGGCCUGCAGAUCUUCGAGCCGCCGCGCGUCACGCUGGCCGAGCGGGCCGUGGCGACCGAGGGUCACGACCUGGUGCUGGAGUGCACGGUCACGGGUCAGCCGCCGCCGGGCAUCACGUGGUACCGGCUCGGCCAGGAGGUGACGGCCGAGGGUCUGGUGCGCGCUCGCGGCGGCCGCCUGACCGUGCAGAGCUUCACGCACUUCGACCGCGGCGAGUAUGAGUGCUUCGCCAAGAGCCCCGCCGGCACCGACAGGGCUGUCAUCGACGUCGAUUUCAUCGAGGUGCCGAAACUCGAGAUCUUCGGCGCCGCGGAGGAAAUGAUGGAGAUUCCAGUGGGAGUUCCGAUCCAGCUCGACUGUCCGGUUGACACGGAUUUCUUGGGAGAGUACGCGGUGGAGUGGCUGCACGGCUCGGAGCCCCUGCAGGGGGCCGCGUACGUGGUGGACGACCUGCAGCUGGAGCUGACGUACCCGGUGCCGAGCGACGCCGGCGACAUCACCUGCGUUGUCGAAAACCAGGCCGGCUCCGUCCAGUACCUGUUCAAGCUCGACGUCGUCUACCCUCCUCGGCUGACGGCCUCCGCGGACGAGCUGGCACGGCCCGUCCAGGUGGAGGAGGGCCUGCCCGUCUCUCUGCUCUGCCAGGUGGAGGGCAAUCCGCCGCCCACCGUCGUCUGGUUCAACCAGUCGCGGCCGAUCGUCGCUGAGACCGGCCGCAUUAAGUUCCCGUCCGCCCGCGAGCUUCUGUUGGAAGAGGUGCGCCGCUCGGACGCCGAGCAGCUCUCCUGCCUGGCCAGGAACGCGCUCGGCAACGCCACGCAGGCGUUCUCGCUGGACGUGCUCACGUGGCCGGCCGUGGCCGUGCCCGCCCAGGUGGAGGUGCAGGCGGGCGAGCAGGCGCGCCUACCCUGCGCCAUCGACGGUAACCCCCAGCCCACUCGCGUCUGGUACACGGGCGACGACGCGAUCGCGCUGCCCCCUGGUGCCACAUCCGGUAACUACGCCCACGUGGCCGACACCGGCGAGCUGCUGGUGGCCGCCGCUUCGCUGGAUGACCUCGGCGUGUACACCUGCGUCGCCUCGAGCUUCGUUGGCUCGGCCCGGGGACGGUCGGCUCUCAAAGUCCUCGUGGCCCCGUUCAUAGAGGGAGCCUCGGAGGAGCCCGAGGACGUGCUGGCCCGGGAGGGUAGCUCUGUGACCUUCCGCUGCCCUGUGUCCGGCCACCCGCCGCCCACCAUCACCUGGUACAAGGACGAGGACGUGCUCCGGGAGCCGGACACGCUCGCCGACGGCGGCCAGGCGCUGACGCUGCGUCGUCUGACGGCCGCCGCCGCCGGGCAGUACGUCUGCGUGGCGGCCAGCCGGGCCGGCACGGCGCGCAAGCUCUUCAGUCUGCGGGUGAACGAGGCGCCGCAGACGCAGACGGCCACUGAGGACGUGGACGUGGACGUGGACGCGUCAGUGACGUUGACCUGCCCGUCGGCCGGUCCGUUGGUGUUCAGCACGGUGUGGCUGCGACACGCGGCCGGCCGGCCGGCCGCCGCCCCCAGCUAG